UAGAGGACACACAAAUAAACAUGUGCAUUAUACUAUAAUAUAUUUCAGCUAUAAAAAGAGCAAAUAGAAAUAAAUACAAACAGAAAUACUGAUAUAGUGUGAAGAUGUGGGGCUCACGUGUGGCCCUCCAGAUGUUUCUAGUGACCAAAAUAAAAAAUAUCUGUGUAUGAAUUCUCUUUAUUGUUUGGGAAUAAUUAUCCUUAGACGUGUAGGAUCCUAAAAUAUUAUUAUAGAGUCACAGUUUGGGCAGGAAGUUGGUCAAAUAAAGGGAUCCUGAACUAUAUUGUACUAUUCUACAACACGACGCGACACGAUACGAUCAUUACAAUGCGAUACGAUGCGGGACGAAGUGAUACGAUACGUUGCGAUGUGAUAUAGUACCGUACACGACAAUACAAUACAAUCAACACAAUACAAUCGACACGAUAUCAUCGAUACGUCUCCAACAACGAUCAAAAAUUGGGCUCUUCUGGUGUAGAUAAUAUUGAAUAUUGAAAAACGUACGGUAGUAAUUGAAGCUCACAGUAAAGAUUAGACAGAACAUGUGACAUAUAUGUACAUUUAUGUCCAAGACGAAGAGAACCAAUAAAGUAGAAAAUGUUUUUGUUCUUGCUGUUUUUCUAAAAUAUACACAUUUAUCAUUUGUACUUAUUAACUGUUAAUUUGUUCUGUCUCAAUUUCCCUGUUGUGGAACUAAUAAAAAAUUAUCAUAAUGACGAUUAUUAUCUCAGCUGACAUUUGUAGGAUUUCGAGGUGUGGUUUAAAGAGAUAAACAGAUAAAAACACACACCACACAGUGAAGGAAGGCUGAGGAAAUAAAGACAUCUGUGUUAUAAAACAUGUGAAUCAUGUGACAGAGUCUCGGAGACUCAACCAGUCCUCACUGGACUCCAACCUGUUGGUGUCAUCUUGGCGUGUCGGUGGUUUUUUUCUGGAGGUCACAUUUCUUUAAACAAUAGCGCACACUCUUUACAACCAUGUGGCCUCUGGUACAAUCCAGAUGAGAGGUUAGCACAGCGAGGAGGAGACAGACAUAAAAAAAAAAAAAAAAAAGGAGGGAAAAGAGAGAGAGAGCUGGAUCGGGCCUCUGGUGACGUGCGGGGCCUGCAGGGCGGUGUUCUCAGGCGGAGACAGAGGCGGACUGGGGUGUGUGAGCCACAUCUGGAAUAGUAGCUGCACGGAGAGAGAGUCGAGAGGAGCACAAGAAGAAGAAGAAGAAGAAGAAGAAGUAGAAGAAGUCUUUCCCAGCUCUUCCAGCAGCACUCCCUCCUCACGGACUCCAGCUCUUCCCCGCUUUUCACCUCCUGCGUUUUUCUUUUCUCAAUCUACUUGAAAAAAUGCUGCUCAUCCUGCUCGGCGUGCUCGUGCUGCACCUCAUCAUCCUCAUCCUGCUCAUCGUGUCCACGGCGGCGAGCGCGUGGACUGUAGGUGGGGACAGCAGCACAGAUCUAUGGUACAAAUGCAUGACGACUAACGGAGGCUACCACUGCAGGCCGGCCAGCAACGAAGACUGGAUCCAGGCGGUUCAGGCCCUCAUGAUCCUCUCCAUCCUCUUCUGCUUCUUCUCCCUCAUCGCCUUCCUCUACCAGCUCUUCCGGCUGGUCAAGGGCGGACGCUUCUUCUUCACGGCCAUCUUCCAGAUCUUGGCGAGUGUGUUCGUGAUGUGCGCCGCCAUCAUCUACACCGUGAUGAGUCCGGAUGACGGAUCCGGGGCGCAGUUCGGCUACGCCUACGUGCUGGCCUGGGUGGCGUUCCCUCUCUGUCUCGUCAGCGGCCUCAUUUAUAUCGUCCUGAGGAAGAAGGAAUGAGAGCCGGAGCGGUGGAGGGAGGAGAGAGAAGGAGGAAGAGGAGGAGGAGGGGAAGCGAAGGAGACCCCUGACAACAACAUCGCACUGUGCCUACUGCCCACAGACCAAAGACUGACAUCCCGACUACACAACAAAAGCUCACGUGUCACCAACGACUGUAAACACUAGACGGAGACGUUUAUCACCGGCCGGGGAAAUCGUUUUUAAAGCUGUAUAACCGGCGGCACGUUCACGUUUCCCAUCACACCUGUUCGCGUCGCUGCACCUGUCUUGUUUUCCCCCCGCGGUGACGUCACAACGUGUUUAGAAGCGCGUUGGUGGCGCGUCGACUUUUGUUGCAACGCUGGCGUCCCGACUUCCAACACGAAACACCCACCAGAGACGAGUAGAAUCCUGCCUCGCCCUCAGUACAAAGAUGUACAUAGUGUCUGUGGUUUUUAGACAUAUUUAUAACAUUUUUACAUACAUUGUGUACAUAGUGUCGUCGAGUUAACAUUGUCAUGCUCCAUUUUUUUUUUUUUUUUUUUUUUUUUUUAAACGUGACAGAGCUCGUGUCUCUCACAAAUCAUGCAGCUGUGCCAAAGAGAUGUCGCUUCGACCGGCAGAGUAUCAAGCUUCCAUUUCUAAAUGUCGUCCUUGAUUUUUUUUGUUUGUUUGUUUGUUUGUUUGUUUGUUUGGAUGAGCGUCGAUGCUUCGACCCGCGUGCCGUACUCAGAACGUCUCCGUUCUUCUUGAAGGAAAUGAGAACAUCCUCAGAAACUAAAAAUAAUAACAGUAAUAGUGUUAAUAAUAAACUCAUGAAGUUGUUUUUUGGUUUGUUUUCUGAAUUAUCUUUUUGUACUUGAUAUGCCAAAUAAAAUGUUUUGGGUUUUUUUUUUGUUUUUUUUUUUGCAUUUUGUAAUCUAGUCUUGAAAAAUGGUGCUUUUUUAAAAAAUCAUCUAUUCUUGAAUUGUAAACUUUGUGUUGCAGUGUCGUUCGUCUGCUUUGUACAAACCUACGUUUGCAUUUUUGUCAGUAUUCUUCUAAAUAAACACUUUGAAAUUUACUCCAA